AUAGCCUAUGUAAAACGGAAAACGAGUAAAAAGUAAAACCCUAGCUUCUUUUUUAUAAUUCAAUUAAAAUUGGGGGUAUACCUUGCUUAAACCCUAGGCUACAGCUUACAGAGCUUACUCUCUCUUCAUUCUCUUAUCUGGGUGUCCUGCGAUAAUCUGCUCUCGGAACCAUGACUAUGCCCUUCGGAGCAAAUUUCGAGCUCUCGAGAUGCAAUGUGACAUCUGUUAGCCCUUCUUGUCCGAAAUUGGGCAUGUCUGUGGCACAAUUACGUGACCCUUUGCACCUUCGCCUCUCAAAUAGGUGUUUUGCAUAUUCGUUGGCUCCUAGAGAAGUUUUAUGUAGAACAAAAAGGGUUAACAGUAGAAUUUUGUGCACGAUGUCGGAAAGUAGUGUGGAUGGCGGUAACAAGUAUGAGGGCAUGCUUACUUAUAAAAGUGCUGGGGUGGACAUAGAUGCUGGAUCAGAGCUUGUUAAAAGGAUUGCAAAAAUGGCUCCUGGAAUCGGAGGCUUUGGUGGACUUUAUCCUUUUGGGGAUUCCUAUCUUGUGGCUGGUACAGAUGGCGUGGGAACCAAACUUAAGUUAGCAUUUGAAACUGGAAUUCAUGACACUAUUGGCAUUGAUCUGGUUGCGAUGAGUGUCAACGAUAUUGUUACUUCUGGUGCAAAGCCUCUAUUUUUUCUUGAUUACUACGCAACAAGUCGUCUAGAUGUUGAUCUGGCUGAAAAGGUUAUAAAAGGCAUUGUCGAUGGUUGCCAGCAAUCAGAAUGUGUUCUUUUAGGAGGAGAGACUGCAGAGAUGCCAGAUUUCUAUGCCGAUGGUGAGUAUGACCUUAGUGGUUUUGCGGUUGGCAGCGUAAAAAAAGAUUCCGUUAUCAAUGGGAAAAAUAUUGUGGCGGGAGAUGUUCUUAUUGGCCUACCUUCUAGCGGAGUUCACUCAAAUGGUUUCUCUCUCGUCAGAAGGGUCCUUACUAAAAGUGGACUCUCUCUAAAAGACAAUCUCCCUGGUGAAUCUGUCACAUUAGGUGAAGCAUUGAUGGCUCCUACUGUUAUAUACGUUAAGCAGGUGCUUGAUAUAAUCAGCAAGGGAGGUGUCAGAGGAAUCGCCCACAUCACUGGCGGUGGUUUUACAGAUAAUAUCCCUCGUGUAUUUCCAGACGGCCUUGGAGCUGUAAUUUUCAAGGAUUCUUGGGUAGUUCCUCCUGUUUUCAAAUGGAUACAGAAGGCUGGAGGAGUAGAAGAUGCGGAAAUGAGGCGGACCUUUAAUAUGGGAAUUGGGAUGGUUCUUGUUGUUAGCAAGGAGGCGGCUCUUAGGUUACUUGGUGAUGCACACACAUCAAAUAUAGCAUAUCGGAUUGGUGAAGUUGUAAAGGAUGUCGGAGUGAGGUAUCAAUAAUAUAUUCGCCUCCAAGAAUAUAUUGUAAAACUAGUUAUUUCAUCUUGUCAGUAAGAUGUUUUGCAGCCACAGAUGUAUCAUGUGUCAUACGUUUUGGUGUUACAAGAUGCAAUUCUAGGGUGUACCAAAUAAUGUUGUAUCUACAAGUUGCCAUAAUUUACAGGUUACAACAUCUUUUCUGUUGUAAUGGCAUAGUGCUGUGGUAUUGUCCUGGGCUUUUUCCGUACUCAUCUUGUAACAAAUUUUGAAUACUUUCUGUUCUGAAAUCAAUUUCUAUCCUGUGGUA